AACGAGCCUCAUAACGGUGAAACAUCGAAAAUACUCUUUUACCCUUCUCUAGUUCUUUCUUUCUGUCUUCUUCCCGACCUCUUUAACACGUUAGUUAGAUUUUUUUUUGUCUCUCUCGCAUGCAGAAGUAGUCAGCACCGGAAAUUAAUGAUCGUUUGUUAACAAUAACCAUCUAACUGCAGAAAAUCUUGCAAUCCAGUCUAUCAAAAAGCGCAAAUCAAGUAGUCACCGUUGCAUAUUGCGUUCUACGAACUACAAUGUCAUCUACCAAUGAGGAGAUCUUGCAUUAUCAGAGAAAAAUCCUGAAGUAUGGUUCAGAUUCCAAAGUGAUGCUUCAUUGUUUGAACAAAUUGACAAAACUACCUAUUGGGGUUGAACAUCUUCAAGCAACUGGUAUUGGGCGGACAAUCAAUGGCAUGAGGAAAGCAGAAGGAGCUGUGGGAGAAGAAGCUCGCUCUCUUGUCAGUAAAUGGAAAGAAAUAGUUGCAGCAGAAGAUAAAAGUGAUUCCGAUCAUCAAGAAGAAGAAAGCAGCCAUCACCAGUUAGAAGCAACAAAUGACAAUCUAAACAUGUCACCCAAUGAGCAUAAAAAAGACAAGGAUGUGAAAAAAAAGGAAUCUCAUAAGGACAAAUCUAAAGAUGAACCUAUUCCAACAUCAAAAAGCAAAAGUAGUUCAUCAAAAGAAAAAUCAAAUGAAAAACAUACCUCUAAAUCAACCAAGGUAUCCGAAAAACAUAGGGAUUCUAAGGAUGGUGAAUCAUCAAAGUCAAGCUCCAAAUCAUCCCGAAAGAGACAUCACUCACAGGAAGACUCUAACAGCACAGCAGAAGAUGAAGACGGUGAUGAAACCCCAACGCAGAGCUUUGCUGAUGUUCUCGGUAGCAUUAAAACUAUCAGUAAAAAGAAAAAAAGUAAAGAUAAGGAAAAACGUAGUUCAGAGAGGAAAAAUAGUUCUUUUGUGCCGCCGCCGAUUCCUGAAUCAUCGAUAGUAUCGAAACCAAUUUUUGCACCCCCCAAGUCUCUGGAUAUUCGGCCAACGGAUUUCGAAAUUUCUCCUCACUACAAACCGCUGCCACUUAAAUUUGCUGCAGAUCCUUUACCCUCAUUCAAAGACAGAGCAAAAAGUUCGGAGGAAGCUUUAACUAGUGCACUUAGUUUUUCGCAAAAAGGAAAUAGAACGAAAGUAUUCUCAGGGAAUCGUUCUAGUGGUCUGGCUUAUGUUCCUAGUUUGUUCGAUAGCUGCAUCAGGGUUCUGCAACAAAAUAUAGACGCACUGGAGUACACAGGAGGAGUCCCAUACGAACUUAUCCGACCCGUACUUGAAAGGGCUAAUUCUCAGCAGUUAUACUUACUUGAACAUCACAAUGCAUAUUUGUUGGAUGACACUGACGAGCUAUGGAAGGUUCUUUGUCAAAAGGAAUACAGGAAAGCAGUUCGAGAAGAAAUGGAAACUUGGCGGGAUUUAUACGUGAGAUGUCACGAGGAACGUGAAGCACGAUUAAAGAGUCUAACGAUAAAUCACAAGCAAUCCAUGGCGAAAGCUACACCCCAGCGCACCACCAAGUUGGCUUACGUUGAAAGUGUGGCUAAAGCUCCGCGAGGCAAACUGGGUCAGGUUAAACCAGGGUCUUCCGCAGUUCUCGCAAGUAUGACAAAUGCCAAGUCUGGAGCUCGCCCAUUUGAAGCCUCCACUAAUCAUGCUGCAAACGGAAGUACUGCAGUGGCAGAAGUAGUCAAAAUGGCGCAGUCGUCUGCACCACGAUCUUCCAGCUCGUCCAGCUCAUCAUCUGCGGCCAAGAAACCAAAGGUUGCACCAUUGAUGCAAAAGACCUUGAAAGCUCUGAAAAAUCGCUAUCGUCGAUAAGUCAUUUUUAGGGAUUUUUGGAAGUUCUUUUUCAGGCGUCGAAACUGUGCAACAGUCAGUUAAAGGAUGUCAACGACUUGAUAGAAAUUUCAUCAUUUUUGCCCGAGUCGAAAAACAAAACUGUCAUUGGGACUGUGUUAUACAUGUUUGAGGAUA